CAUCUUUCAACGGGGCGUAGUGAAAAUAUUUAGAUUUUUCAUAAUUUUUCUUCAUAAGUUAUUUCGCUAAGGAGAAAAUGUCGUCGCCACCACCUACAAAACCCCCUAGAGGGGUGAAACAAGGAAGAGAAACGAGUGGACUUUUAAUGUCUGUUAUCCGUACUUUAUCGGCGAGUGAGACCAACGAGCAACGAGAAAAGGAACGUGCUAAACUAGAGAAGGAGUACAAAAAGAGUGAUGCGAGAUUGGAUGAGCUGGUUGCCGAACAUGCACAGGAAAUCAUGGAAGUUAUGCAGAAAUUCAGCAGCGUCCAAGCAGCCCUAGCGAGCUGGGGUCAGCACACUGAUGCAGCCACAGCUCGGCUGACCGCAUGCCGCAGCUUGCUGCGCGUGCGGCGCGACGAGCUGCGGCGGCUGUGGCAGGACGCCAGGACACACCACCAUGCACUGCACAUGCUCACUAUCAUCGAACGUGUGGUAGUCUCCGAGCGCGACAUCCGCGACCACCUCUCGCGCGGGCUCGUGCUCGCGUGCGCUCACUCACUUCGCUCCGCGCUCGACACGGCCGCAACCACGCUGUCGCACGUCAGUGCGCUCAACACCACGAGGGCGCAUCUCGAGGAAAAGAAGCACGAGCUGGUGACGGUAAUUCUAAGGCGGUUGUCAUCGGCAUUGUACGGCGAAGCAGCGCCGCUCACACGCCGAAUGUCGUCGCGACGCCGAACAGCGCUCCUUUUGGCAGAGCUGACAAAGAGUGAAGAAGUCACCGACGCGUACCUACAAGACAUAACGCCUGAAUUCGAGGCGUCACUCACCGAGGAAGAUAAAACAUUUGAAACUACCGUCAUGAUAUCGCUUGAAGCUCUGGGAGUCUUGAAUCAGCUCAAAGAAGCCACUGAGAAAUUCAAAGUCCAGAUACAAGAUGAGCUCCUAACCGUGAUAGAGUCCGUGUCCCGGCGGAUAAUCGAAGACGGAGACGUGGAGCCGGACGUUCCGGACGUGCCGGACGCGCCGGACGUCCCGGACGAGGUGGUCGAGAACUCGAAACCGUUGCGGCUCGUGAACGCGCUGGUGGAGCAGUUUAGAGCGUGCGCUGCGAGGAAUAAAAGACUCCUCCAACUGUGGCGUGCCGCGCUACAGAAGCACAAGAUCUCGGACUCGUGUCUCCACACCGAGAUACACUACUGGAGCGCCGUACAACAAGUCCUCCAACUGCUACUGACAGACUACCUCCAAAUAGAGAGCGUGACUCUCGCCGCCGCCCGUUCCACGAGCGCUUCGGACACGCACAGCGAACUUCGCAUCGCAGAUUACUUCGCUAAGAAGCGGCCGCAGCGGCGUGAAAAACUUUUCAAGCUCAAUGUGGGCGUGGUACCGACAGUGAGCGCGGCGGCGCGGCGGUACCCGCUGGUGUGUCGACCGGACCCCGGGUUAUUACACGUGCUACUGCCGACCCUACACGCGCUCACACACGACAUCGAGCCCGUCGUUGGCGGCGAAUGUUCGCUGCGGGCAUUCAUCACUGACUAUGUUCGAUCUGGGGAGAGCGAGCGGCUCGCGAGCGAGGCGAGGGCUUCUAUCGAGGUGGCUAUGAAGGCUGCCGCGUGGCGCGAGCGAGCGCCGCCGGAACCACCGAGCGCUAACCACCGUCUCGUGUUCUCGUGCUGCACGGCGGGCUGGGCGGCGGUGGCGCACUGCGCGCUUGCGGCGCGGCGCUGCGGCGCGUGCGGCGCCGCGCACGCCCUGCGCGCGCUGCCCGCCGCGCUCGCCGCUCUAGCCGCGCACGCCCGCGCCGCGCACCUGCGCCUGCAGCCCGCCGCGCCGGCCCGGGCCGCCAAGUGGCUGGCCGACGACGAUAUCGUCCGGUUCCUGCAGACGCUGCCUAAUUGGCGAGCCGUUGUGGACCCUAAUUCGGCCAGUAAAAAUGAACAGGAUCUGAAACAGGCGUACGAACGCGAGGCCGAAAUCCUGGGCUCGAGUCUCGGGGACGGCGCCGUGUCUCGUCGCGAAAUCGUCGGGGACAUCAAUGCUUUAGGCGACCUGGCGUUACUCUGCGAGUCCAUGGACUGGCUGGCCACCAACAUCCGGUCUUUGCCGGGACUGCUCACAGCGCCGUCUGGUGGCAGUGGUGGCGUCCGAUUGACCGACAAGCUGCGCGAAGACAUAUCUGCCGCGGCGGCCAUCUUUGACGAGAUCUCUCAUAAGUGCCUGCUGUUUCUACAUCUGGAGAUGCGAAUCCAAUGCUUCCACUACCUCGGUCAGCCGGCGGGAGGCGACGACGACGAGGCGGGCGGCGCGGGCCGCCUCGCGCACGCGCUCCUCGCCUUCCACGAACACGCGCACAAUGUCAUGGCGGCCGGCCGGAGGGCGUACAUCUUCAACGGCAUCGGUGAGAUGAUGUCCGCGGGCGUGGUGUGGCGCUGGCAGUGCAUGGACGCGGAGUUGGCGGGCGGAACCCUCGCUACGCUCAGGCACUGCUUGGCGGCCCUCUCGCUCCCGCACGCCGGGCUGCAGCGAGCGCACGAAUAUUCACGUCUUUUACUCGCUAUGCCUGAGCCUGAGGAAAUCAUAGCAUCGAUCCGUGAGAAAGGCGCACAGUUCACCGAACUCGAGUAUCUGAACGCCUUCAAAGUGAUCGCGGCGCGUCGAGGGCUAUCACAGGCCGACAUGAAACCCCACCUUAAAGCUCUGGCUAGUGCCUUAGGUCAUGUUGGGGUCACUGUUUAACCUUUUGAACGCCAAACGGGGCAUCCAUUUGCCGUGCCACUGACGCCACGGGGGUAAAAUUUAGUUUUGUGAAUAAAUAAUGCCAACCUAAAACUGGGGUGUCUUUCAGUAGAUUUUCAUCAAAAAACGAUCGACGUCGUUGUCACGAUUUUGCGUUGACGUCAAUUGCCGUCUGUGGCGUUCAAAAGGUUAAGGCUCGAAUAGUGCCCUGCCAGACGUGGCUCACUCCGCGAUUACGCCGCGUCGCUACAAGUACUUGCGGCCACACCAGUUUUGGUGUCUAGCAGUAGUAGUUGCCGCGCGCCGCUACGGAACGGAUGCCUCGCGCUUACGCCACCUUGUGGUCAUAUCUGCCGAAAUAGACGCGUUUGUUAGAGUGAAGCUUCUGUACCUAGUAGGUAUUCAUUCUGUGGCUGGGGAUCUAAAAUUAGGUUAAUCCUUUGACCGAAGACGGUACCUAACGCGUGCGGCUGCAACCUAAUAUCAACCUUAGUGCAUUCUAUUAAGGUUCACGAUGGCGCGUCGCACACGAUAGGUGUGGCGUUCAUGGUUUAUACCGCUUCGAUUCAUAUAUGGAUAUUACUAUUAUAAAAUUUUAAAAGACUUAAUAUUUACAUUAAAUUAAUUAUUCCCAUGGGAACAUAUACGCUGAUAUAAUUAUAAUAAUAUGUAUCAUUAAUUGUAAGACUAUGUAAUGAAACUUUUAAUUUUAAAUAAACUACAUAUUUACAAAGUU